AUGUCGUCGCCGCCGACGCCGUCUGCGCCGCCACCGUCCCCGCCUCGGCCUGUGCCAUCGGCGCCGCCGCCUCCUUAUGAGGAGGCUAUCAGAGACCGACGGACUUCGAACCCAGGACGCCGGCUGGAGCACCCUCCAGUUACCGCCGUCGUCAUUACUGCGAGGCCAGUGUACGGGCGGCGGGGCCUGCAACCGUGGCCAAUGGAGAUGGUGUGCCCCUUCUGCGGCGCCUAUAUCGUCACCGCCACCUACUCCGAGCACAGCGCGGCCACACACGUCGCCGCGUGCAUCCUCUGUUUGCUGGGGUGA